AGUGAGGACUUCGCCGCGACGGUAGAGCGGGGCAGCUCGGCGGUACCACCAGUAAACACAGGCGGUUCGGCCUGGUCGACGAGAACCUCCAGAAAACAACACCCCAAAGUGCCUUGCCCCCCCAUCCCCAGGCGGCGGACGGAAAAAAAAAAAAAAAAAAAAAAAAACAAGAAGAAGAAGAAGAAGCGGCGCAGAGGAAUAAAGAAACCCGGAGGGACCAGAUCGAUCCUGCGCGAGUGGACCGAACCGAAACUGAGGCGGACGACACGCAAAGCUCGGUGAACACUGACGCGGGCUUGUCAGCCGAACCCAAUGAGGGAUGCCCAGUGUUCGGGGACAGGAUCUGAGGAUUUUGAGGGCUCCGUGAUUGUCAGAUGGAAAGUUCUGUUAUCACCCAAGUGCAGAAAGAAGACGUCCAAGUGUCCCCGAAAACAGGCCAGGUGAGCCGCUCUGCGCUGAAACAGCCUCGCAGUUGUAACAUCUUCAAAGCCCUCUUCUGUUGCCUCCAAGUUCAGGAUGGCCCCAAACCGCCGCUGCCGCCACCUUCCCAGCAGCCCCUGCUGGAGUCGCAGGACAAUGGGAUGGUUGUCAAGCAAUCUGAAAUCAGCCUCCUGCCUGAGGUGAAGUCCCACGAUGAAGGGAAGAUCUGUGUAGUCAUAGACCUGGAUGAAACCCUGGUUCACAGCUCCUUCAAGCCCAUCAACAACGCCGACUUCAUCGUGCCGGUGGAGAUCGAGGGGACAACACACCAGGUGUAUGUGCUGAAGAGGCCGUACGUGGAUGAGUUCCUGCAGAGAAUGGGGGAAAUGUUUGAAUGUGUUUUGUUUACAGCCAGUCUUGCUAAGUACGCUGACCCCGUCACGGACCUGCUGGAUCAGUUCGGCGUGUUCCGGGCUCGGCUCUUCCGGGAGUCCUGCGUCUUCCACCAAGGAUGCUACGUGAAAGAUCUGAGCCGCCUGGGGAGAGACCUCAACAAAACCCUCAUCUUGGACAACUCCCCCGCCUCGUACAUCUUCCACCCCAACAACGCCGUUCCCGUGGUGUCUUGGUUCGACGACGUGGACGACGCCGAGCUGCUCCACCUCCUGCCCGUCUUCGAGGAGCUGAGUAAAGCCGAGGACGUUUACGCCCGGCUGGAUGAGCUGCGGGGACAUUAGCGCCCGCCGGAGCGACGCCACCUCCACGUUUACCGAGAGCAGAUGUACUCAGGCGGCCAUCUUUAGCCUUCUGCACGGAMUCCAUGCUCCUGAGCACUGUCUUAGCCUGCAGCUGGGGGAGGCUUUCCAAACCCCCGCUGUAACACUAGAUCACAUAAUGAGGCCUUUCUGAUGGACCUCAUUGWUGAUGAUAAUGACAACCACUUUUUUUAAAGCACUACAACAGAGUGGGAAAUGACAACCAAAGCAGUCCCAUCACAAUCACUCCAGUCAGAAAGAAAAAAAGUGGAURUUUUGCCAAAGCAGACGCCUGCCUGCCCUCACUUGACUUUUGGAUAUUCUCCGUUUUGUUACUGUGCCUUUUUAAGGAACAACAGAAGAGAAAAAAAAUCAGCUCUUUUUUAAUUUUCACCAGAUUUUAUACAUUUUAUUGAGUUCUUUUUAUAGAGAAAUCUAUUUUUAAACGCGGUUCUUCUAUGCAACCCAUUUUUCUUAUAACCUGGAUAGUACCUCUAAAGCAGGCAGUUGAGGGUAGUUAUUAUUCUGAUGGCAGACGAUAACAUUACUGUAGACUUUUAAAUGUCCUGUACAUGAGCAUCAAGGUUAAAAGUACUUGUUGUUUGUAUUAUGAACUAUAAAACAUGCAAUAUUGGUAUUCAGAUUGAUAUAUUUGGUUACAGGUUGGGUAAACAGGGCAAAGAUUUGGCUUAAAUGGUCCUUUGUAAAUAGAAACACUGGAUUUGAUGGCACAUAGGAUGACCAUGAAUAUUUCAGUUUUUAGACCUACGUAAGGAAAAUAAGAUUGAUUUGUUGCAAUGUCUUUGUUCCUGUAUGACAACUUGCACUUGUUUGAUAUUGACAGUGCUGAAAGUAAAAACUGUGCCUUUAGAGUUUGGGACAGAGGAUACUGUUCUGCCUGAACAGAGAUUUGUAGGCCUGCACACUCUGAUGUGUCAUGCUGAGCGUGAAAACAUUAAAAAAAAAAAAAAAAUUACACUGUCAAGAUCAAGGGUGGUGCCAGAGGCUGUGGUACUUACAGUUCAACACUUGAAACUAUCAAAUUUAAUCUUUUUUUAAACCAUGUGUAAGUCUUUGUUUUCUUUAUUUAUUGGCUACAAACUUGUAAUUGUCCAGUACUUCUUAAUGCUCAAAGUUUUAUUUUGUGAUCCAUUUUGCCUACAUUGAGGCUGGCCUUGUGUUUAACUGUUUAUCUGUGCCUAUGUUCGAACAUUUUGCUGUCACUGUUAUUGGACAAUUCACAAACUUCAGCUACAGUAAAUCAAAAACUAAUGGAAAUCUGGGAUGUUUUCUUUUUUUUUAUUUUUAUUUUAGAAUAUCCUAUUUUGUGGGGUUUUGUUUCCUUGGUAGAAAGUUUUUUUAAGAGGUUUGAGUCUGUUGCAUGUUGAUGAGUAAAAUAUGACAAAGAAAACCUGUCAGUUGUGAUGACCAAAAGUAUUUAAGUCACAAAUGUUUUUGCAAUUAUCGCUAAACUAAGCAAUUCAAAAACUUGUUUUGUAUAGCAGUUCUGACCAAAACUCUAAAAGAAAGGUGCUACCAGUUUUCAUUUUGAAAUAAAAUUUGGGUAUAUUUUACAA